GUUUCGCACAUGUUUGCGCAGGUCGCGCAUGGCGGAGAAGUGCGGUGGAGAAAUCUUGCGUCCGGAGUUGAAAUUCGACUAACCUUCUUGAAAAGACGUUUUAGAAGCUAAUGUUUGUCUCGGGGAAUGCGCUAUGACUUUGUGACCUCAAGGCGGGUGCACUGUGGACACCUUAGCUAGAGAAGUCAAGUAGAAGGUGCACAAAGAUGGGCCUCACCGCAUCUCAGCCGAGAGAGGUGAAUGGGCCCCUUGGAACGGCUACGGUGCAUACGCGCUUCGAGUCGUCGCAGCAACAGAAGUCACCACCAUCCGAGUGCCCCAUGCAUGGCCUCUGCGACGAGAUCACGGGCCAGCCUUCUAGGGACAAGCCACAGCAGCCGUACCGUAGCGAAUGCCCGAUGAAUGCAGCGGCCGCGGGUGAUGCCAUCAACCCAGCCAACAUGAUGCCGAGCCCGAACCAGAAGCCAGCGCCAGACCAGCCAUUCCCGCUGCCAACCGAGCGGCAGCGCUCGCGCAUCCCGAAGGCCGGCGGUGAAGAGGGCGAGACGUGGGAGUACCCGUCGCAGCAGAUGUUCUGGAACGCCAUGCUGCGCAAGGGCUGGAAGUGGCGAGAGGCCGACCUGAAGCCCGAGGACAUGGCACACAUCAUCCGCAUCCACAACGCCAACAAUGACCACGCCUGGGAGGAAGUCCUCAAGUGGGAGGCGCUCCACGCAAAGGAGUGCUGCACACCCCGUCUGAAGAGGUUUGGUGGUAAAGCCACAGACUACUCGCCUCGGGCAAGGAUACGAAGCUGGCUCGGGUACGAGCUUCCCUUUGACAGGCAUGACUGGAUUGUCGACCGGUGUGGUAAAGAAGUCCGCUACGUCAUCGACUACUACGACGGUGGAAUGGUCAAUGCAGAAUCGAGCCGGUUCGCACUCCUCGACGUUCGGCCCGCCUUCGACUCCUUUGAGAACAUCUGGGACCGCAUGAAGGUGGCGUGGUGGCGAUGGACGGUAGCACAAGAGCCGGAAUCCGUCUCUGAGACGGCUCAAAGCCAACAACAAGGCGCUGCAGCUAGCCAGUAGGAGCCCCAGUGUAGAACUUUCACCAGUAUUGCUUACACACAUGUGUUGGAGGCAGGCGUGCGCAUAGCUGCUGGUCACAUCACGAAUUUGGAAUUCGUGACGUGUCCCUAUUCGCGUGCCAAUUUGAAUGAUGCGUACAACUUGGCGAGGUAUCAAGAGGACGUGAAUGCAUCUCCUUUUGGUUUGCACUGCAGAGAUGGAUAUGUCUGGUAUCCACCAGUGGAUCAUGUUAAUGUGCUGCGUAUUCCGUGCAAAAUCGUGACACAUAGAAAAUGUUGCCCUAAAUUUCCUUUUAUGAUUCUAGAAUGUGUCUGGCCCCUCAUUCUAGUUGAAGCACUCAAAAUCAGGCUUUAGGUUACAAGACGAACCUACCAAAUGUAUUUGACUGAAAUUUUCAACAAAUAUUAUUCAAGAUUUAUUGCAUGCAAUGGAACAUCUUAAUGAGGUCUCUCUGGUCACAGCCACUUGGGUAGUUUCGGGCAAAUUCGAUGUCUGCGCACUUUGAACACGGUCCACACAUUAGUUCAUACCUGCCAACUCUCCUGACUUGCCCGGGAACAACUCAAUUUUGCACAUGUCUUCCCAGUGGUACGACCGUGGUCGUUAUUCUUAAGAUUGGUUUAAGGCAGUUUUUUUGGGGGAGACUAAGUACUACCGCAAAACAACACACUUAUACAAUGCAUCAAUGAAAAAGGUACGUCCACUCACCUCGAAAGGUUCGCUGUCCGCUGCACUGUUUCAUGUCAUCCGUAGGGCUCUCCUCCUUUCACCAGAAGCACACAAACACGCAUACAUCCCAACCGCGGACACUUGUGAACACAGCCCCCACUAUAUAGCCUUGUUUCGGAAUAAACACAGUAAGAUUGAAAAGGCUGGAAUGUUUCUGUAGUAAAAGUGUUUCAGUCAAGCCUCAGAGCCACUUCGAAUGUUCCAAAGCCACUGGCAUGGGGGCUUUAUACUGGAGAACUUGUAGUGAGGAAAAAUUUGACGCAGUCGCAAAAUUUGUUGCAUGCUGAAAAAGUGUUGCACGGACCCUUUGAAGUUGCCUUAUGAGAUGGGGAAAAUUUUAUCUACUGUUCGCUGAAAACAAUUUUUUCCUGCAAUUUGAAAGCAAUCUUUUCCUUCUCAUAGCGAGUCUCCCGGUUUCAGAAGUCCAUUGGUUGCCAGGUGUGUUAGUCGCAACGGCUGCGGAGAAUCUCUGAGUUGCAAUGCCACUGCUAUGCAUGCAAGGCGAUCACACCAGGAUUCUAGUUUUGUUAGCUUUCCCCAAGAGAAAACCUUGCUUCAGUCAAGCACGUUACUCCAUCUGCACGUUUUCUGCCUAGCGUACCUAAGGCCGCGUGACAUUUUCUACCACAAAAUUGCAUUUUUCAAGAACAAUUUGUUACUACUACUCUAUUAUUGCAUAUUCACUGUUCUGAAUUUUAAUGUGGUUUGCUAUUCGACACUUGCCUCUAGUCGAUUGGGGAUAUCUUCUUGCUCAAUUCCAAAGCAUUAAAGAAGCAGUUGUGUUUACACAAUCCUGUCUCUUGUCUUUGCAUUUUCUUUUACAGUGUUUUUUAUCUUUACGAUGUCGCCACAGUUUGGCCGUGUCUGGAGGGCCCUCGCACCUGAUUGCAUACGGUGCGAUCUUUAGUACCUGCCAACAAAUAAUGUGUCUCUGUGACAAGUGACAAGCAUAUACAGCAGCGCAAAAAUGGUAUACAGCUGCAAGACAGCAAUUUCCACAGUAGGGCAUGCUUGUAUAAAUAUCCAAAAAAAGUUUUUGAUGAGGACAUAGUGAAAUGAAAGUAGUUAUAAAAGGGCUUGUACACCACCCACAGGUAGAAAUUCAGUUGUGGUAAGAAAAUUGCGCACGAGUGUACGACAAACACAGGGCCGUGAGAAUUUUUUGAAACGGUGCUGUAAUAGCGGAGUUGGACACGUUUGAUUAUCGAAACCACGAGGAUCACUCAUUUUGCUCUCUCCUGCACUUCUCUCCGCUGGUAUCCUUUCCCAAGCCGCUUUGCUCUCUCGCCGAGCACCCCUCCCAAUGUCGGGUGGCAUACGUCAUUGCUAGCCCACUGCUCGAAACACCAUCUACUUCCGGUUGCUGCAAAUCCGUCAGUUGCUUGUAGCUGCGUGCUUGUUGGUAAAUCGUGGCUGCCGUAAUCUUGCCGGUAUGGAUCCUGCAUUGCGCGCACGCCUUCAAAGGAUCGUCAACGCGAUGGACCUGUACGUGGACACGCUGACCGCAGUAGCUGACUCAUGAGCGGCUGCACGCACGUGGGCAACAUGACGAAUGACAUCAAGCAGCGCGCACAGCUGUUUGCAGACUGACCGAAAGUCGUAGGCCCUUGGUCGACCAAUGAGCAUAUUUAUGGCACAGUGCGUCACACGUAGUCCCAAGAGGACCGGAAAGGAGGAGGAAUUGUUUCUCGGAAUUUGUGGCACGCCGACGGCUCGUAGCGCUGCAACGUGUAGAUUGAUUGAUCGCGCCGGCAUUCUGCACAAGAUGCGCGUGCUUACUUGAAAUGCUUGAAAAAAAUAUCGGAGGUGGUUUACGGGCCCUUUAAACCCAUAUGAAAUAAAGUUUUCAUGUGGCAACCUUACUCAUCGAUAAUAUUUAGCACAAUGAAACAUGAGGACAAAAAAAGGAGAACACACCACGUGCGCUGAUUUCCAACAGAAUAUUUUUCUUGGAAGUUAGAGCAUGUGUUGUGUCCUGCCUUCUCAUUCUUUUCUCUCACUGCACUAAAUAGUAUUACAAGAUGUCUUACCAACAAGGUUGCAUUUCUCCUCGUCCUAAUAGACUCAAAUUUAGAGCAUUUCCAAGACUGAACUGAGAGCAUGGAAAUGCACGCAAGCUGAUUGUUGAUGAGUGACAGUAAAAGCACCAAGUAUGCCCCCCUUUUUUUUGAUUAUGUGUCGAAAAUGAUGUUAGAUUUUUUAUUUCAAGCAGGUGAACUCUCUGAACCUCUUUCCCGACUUGGUGCACCUUUCUGCUUAAACGCUAGUAAAAUAACGCACCCUCACACCCUUCUCCAUUCACAGGGACAUUAAAUAGAAGGAAUGACUUGGUUUAAAUUGACAAACUACACUCUGUGAACUCUAGUGCCAUGUGUUUCAUUUUCAUAAGUGCAUUUUUAGCGGAGAAAAUCAAGGUUGAGGUCUCAUUCUUAAAUUUCAUGCGGAAAUCUACACGCGUAACGUGAAAGUUCAAAAUGCAUUUUUGGUAUUUCUGUAUCACUGGCUCAAUGAAAUCUCCUGAAACAUUGUAUGCCAAGUCUAUGGCUCCCACAGAUGACAGUAUUUCAUUUUUAUUGAUUGGAAGCUGUGUGGGACCCAGUAGACGCCUUCAGAAUUUCUUAAAUCACGCUGUUUCAUGCAGGAAUUUUAAGGUGACGUCGCCAUCCGCAUUUUCUUUUUGCACGUUUUCUCGCUUACCAAGCGUCAUGUCGUGGUAAGAGUCGUGUUUUCGGGAUUGUGAAAUUGUAUUUCAUAUGGUGUAUUUAGGACGUUAAACCCCACAUAUCAAUCAGUCACGCUGAAAAGCGUGUUGAUCUUUAGUGUCCCUUUAAGGUUAAGGAAUGCACCGUAGUCCUUGCUGUGCAGUGUAUCAUUUCUUGAUGCAUUCAUAACCAGCACUGUUGUGGUAAUUUCUUUAAUAGAUACAGGAAAUCAUUUGAUGCUUUUCUGUCUAAGCCACUUUUGUGUGAGCUGAUUCUUGGCUUCAGCAGAUGACUGCAGAAUAAAAUGAAAUAAAUACUCA